CCACCACCUUACUUUCAACAUAUUCAUCAAUGGCCAUGAAGAGAACAAGAGAGAGGGCAGAGAUGGAGAGCUUGGACAUGGCCAAGUGUCUCAUACUUCUCUCUCACACCCUACAGAAUAACAAUCCCAGAAAACCCUUCAAGACCCACGACAACGACGACUGCCAUCUCUUUGAGUGCAAAACUUGCAACAGAAGGUUCCCUUCAUUUCAAGCUCUAGGAGGACACCGAGCAAGCCACAAGAAGCCCAGAAUGACGACAGAGAAUAAACCGAGCAGUAAGAAACUCUUGAUGAGCUUAGAAAGUAGUACAGUAAAGCCGAAGAUGCAUGAGUGCUCAAUCUGUGGGGUGGCGUUUGCUUUAGGGCAAGCUUUGGGUGGUCAUAUGAGGAAGCAUAGAGCUGCUAUGACACAAGGAUUGGGCUCUUCUCAUGCUUGUGUGGUUUCGAAAUUGCCUGUACUAAGGAGGUCGAAUAGUAGCAAGAGGGUUUUUGGCUUGGACUUGAAUCUUACUCCUUUAGAGAAUGAUCUUGAAUAUUUGUUUGGGAAGAGGGCUCCCAAAGUGGAUCCUUUCAUUUGAUGUCCACAUUCUUAUUGUAUUCUUUAAUUUGUUUUUAUAUUUUCUUAAUUAUUCCUUGUAUCUUAAUUCAUUUGUUAAAAACUUUUUUUUUAAUUUAUUUACGUAUAAUCAUUCAGUUAUAUAAAUUGGAUUAUGAUUAAUUUUUCGACUCUUA